CCCGGAGGACGGACUCCGCCGAAAGUUCACCAUCCCAUUGCGGCUCCUGGGCUCGGGACUCUUGGGGACGCUCAAGGGCCGAUCUCCGGGACGCGGGCACGGCCCCGGGUGACAGUGCGGGAGCAUGGCCUUGCACCUGGGCCGACUGGGCGCGGGCCCCUGCUGGCGCGUGUCUCGUGGCGGCUGCAGGGAGCUGCGUGAAUGGUCCCGACGCUGCACGGCGGGACGCGUCUGCGGGUCCCCGGGCGCAUCCCGCACCGAGCAGAGCCGUGGGCUGGGGAGUGGCUUGACAGCCGGAGGAGGCUCCCGGCUGGGUACAGGGCUAGCGGUGGCCCUGGCGGGGCUGGCGGGGCUAGCUGCCGCCGCCUUUGGUCACGUACAGCGGGCCGAGAUGGUGCCCAAGAGCUCGGGGACGCGGGGCCCCUCGCCCGGGAGGCCGGAGGAGGAGGAUGAGCUGGCCCGCCGUUGCAGCUGCUUUAUGGCCUUGCCUGUGACCGACCUGCAGGAGCUGCGGAGGAGGCCGGGCGACAUGAAGACCAAGAUGGAGCUUCUGAUCCUGGAGACCCAGGCCCAGGUGUGCAAGGCGCUGGCACAGGUCGACGGGGGCGCCAGCUUCUCUGUGGACCGGUGGGAGAGGAAGGAAGGAGGUGGUGGCAUCAGCUGUGUACUUCAAGAUGGGCAUGUUUUUGAAAAGGCCGGGGUGAGCAUUUCUGUCGUUCAUGGAAAUCUUUCUGAGGAAGCAGCAAAGCAAAUGAAAAGCAGAGGAAAGAAUCUGAAGAGUAAAGAUGGUAAACUGCCAUUUUCUGCUAUGGGUGUGAGCUCUGUUAUCCACCCCAAGAAUCCUCACGCCCCUACUAUCCAUUUCAACUAUAGAUAUUUUGAAGUCGAAGAAGCUGAUGGUAACAAGCAGUGGUGGUUUGGUGGUGGAUGUGACCUUACUCCAACAUACCUGAACCACGAGGAUGCUGUCCAUUUUCACAGAACUCUAAAGGAGGCUUGUGACCGGCACAGCCCAGAUCUCUAUCCUAAGUUUAAAAAAUGGUGUGACGAUUACUUUUUUAUAGCCCAUCGUGGGGAACGGAGGGGUAUUGGGGGUAUCUUUUUCGAUGACCUUGACUCUCCAUCCAAGGAGGAAGUGUUUCACUUUGUGCAGAGCUGUGCCCAGGCCGUCAUUCCCUCUUACAUUCCCCUUGUGAAAAAGCACCGUGAUGACUCAUUCACCCCUCAGGAGAAGCUGUGGCAGCAGCUCCGGAGAGGACGGUAUGUCGAAUUUAACCUGCUGUAUGAUCGGGGCACAAAGUUUGGCCUCUUCACCCCAGGAUCCAGGAUUGAGAGCAUCUUGAUGUCUUUGCCUCUAACUGCCCGCUGGGAGUACAUGCAUUCACCCUCAGAGAACUCCAAAGAAGCUGAAAUUCUGGAAGUUCUGCGCCAUCCAAGGGACUGGGCGCACUGAUGCAGGCAAAGCAGCCUUCCUGGGGAGUGAGGACACAGAACGCCUGCCCCACGCUGGCCGGCACCGUUGCCACUGUGUGGCAGUUACCUGAGUCUUGAGCCCCAGCCUUCACUCUGGAGUCUGCCUCCUUGGCAGGUGGAGAACUGUGUUUUAAGCCCCACAGGUUUCCAUUGGAUGUUGUCAGGGUGGUGAUAUGGCAGCUUGUCAGAGUCCAUAGGUGGAUAUAAGUCUCAUCUGUGCUUUUAGAAUCACUUUAUGUGACUGGUUUACAAAGUAUGACAUGGGGUUUCCUGUACUGAGUUAAGGGAAUCCAACUAAAUACUACAAUUUGUAUCAGGGAACUUCUCAUGUUAUUUUUAUUUUAUAUAUAUUUUUAAAGUUUUAGUUUCUGCCACAAAAAUCUGUCUUGGGACAAAUUUAGUUUCAUUAAUUCAAUGAAAUUGAGCUUAUUAGUAAUUUUAGAAAGCAACUUGAAAUGAACGUAAAAGCUUUACUUUGUUAUUACUGAAGUUUCUUUAAUCAUAAGGUUUGUAAUCAUGUAUCUUGCUGUAGAAAUCAUAAUAUUAUACCAUACUCCCUUUUUCAUAAUGAUAGAUAUUCGGGAACAUUUGAAAUUUUCUUAAUCUCUGCAUAGGUUACAAUUCAGUGAUUACCUGUAGUUGUUAAUUCUAUAUCACUGUUAUUUAAAUAAGGAAGAUCUAAGUUGUAACUGAAUUUUGUAGAACCCUAAUUUGCUAAUCUUGGGAUUCUCUGCACUUUUAAAUGUGAAACCUUAUAACCAUUGAUUCUGCUAUUUAAAAUAUUCUAUACCAGACAGUUCUGUAUGGAAAUUUAAACAAUCCUGGGGAUGCUAUGAAUAUAGGAAAUAUUUCUCUAUUGGUGAUAAACAUUUUCCUUCUUUAAUUGAAGCAAAUAUAAUGUAAAUGUUAUGAGGGUGACAAGCAUGUAGGCAUUUUAUAAAUACAUGUUUCUUUCAUGGGAAAAUCACAACAAAAUUCUUAAUAUGGUUUAUUUGUUUAUACCAUAUUAGGAACAUGCUUGGUUUUGUUUUGUUUGUUUUUUUUUGAAUCCACAAUACAUUGAGGCUUGUAAGGAAUAGUGUCUUCCUACCUGGUGUGAAGCAUCAUCUCAGAACAUGUUGAAUGUGUGUAACUACGUGUGACUCUUUAGGGCUGGAAAAUGAUUACAUUUUCAACUGUCCAACACCUGGUUUGCUGAUUAAAUUUAUUAUGGAAUGUGUUUGUAUUUUUCACUUUUUUUCAGGAUAACCGACAAAGAGAAGACAAGUAUUUCUUAGUUCUAAAACCUGAGUUCCUCAUUCCUAAGUGUUUUACCACCCAAAAUAAAAUAAAACUUUUGCACUCAUAUUUUCAUGGCACCUGUUUUCACAAUAGCCAAAAAUUAGAAAUAACACAAAUGCCCAUUGGCAGGUGAAUGGAUAAAGAAAUUGUGAUAUAUCCAAAUGUUAAAAUACUCUGUAAGGAAAAGGAAAGACUACUGAUAAACAGAACAACGUGGAUGAGCAUU